AUGUUUUCACCAUCAACUUCGUCCACUUGGACGGUGGCUAUCGGGGCCAUCCAGGUGCUGAUUCUUUGCGUCACUGUCGCAGAGGCACAACAAGAUCCUUGUGCCAUUUUCAGCUCCCGUCAAAGGUCCUCCCUGGGAGAUAAAGUGCUUCAACAUCCUUAUGAUAUCAUCUAUGAUGGUGGAGUCGAUGCCGAAAUCACCUUCCAAUGUGCUACCUCGGUGCCCAUCUUCGCGGACCAGGCUACCUUUAUGGUGGAGAGCAUGAAGAACUACACGGGCCUCUUGAGUACUCUCCCCUAUCUCAAGAAUCCUCCCGCCUCUUAUCAGCAACCAGGAGUCGAUGUUAUGGCACGACUCGAUGAGAUUGGCAACAAAGCCAGGAACCACGAGUACAAUAACAUGUACGAGUUCCAGCUGGACAUCUACAACCUUCAAGCUUCCACUCAUGAAGGCCACUUUGGUUUCGCUUUUGGCACCAGCGGACUUUUCGUAUGGUGGCUUCCUGACCAGAUUGUUUCUGUCUCGUCUGAUGGGCAGGAGCUCCCCCAGAUCUUUGCCUACAGCGACAUUCUGGGCAAGGUCCCCAACGCUUCCCCGAUCAUUGAAAUAGGUGGACUACCAGUCUUUGAGUAUCUCCGCAAUUUCAUUGAGACAAAAACGAGUAAUGGUAUGCUGGAAGCUCACGGUGACUUUAAUGCUAUGAUACCAUCAGAUGCAAGACAAUUUGCCGAGAUCGGAAUGACGCCCGCCUCGUCGUACUCCUUCCCUCUGUUUACCUCCUCGUACGUCUACAACGGAAAAUCUCUCCAGGGCCACUUCGCCAACGGGACUGCCUUUGAGUGGAAGUAUACCGGCGGAUCUGGAGAAAACUUCUCAGAAAAUGGCUGGACUUCAGGAAUGGAUAUCUACAAAGGCCGUGUUCUUAAGCCGCCCCCGAGCAGCAGCAACAGCAAGCGAGAUGCCAAAGAGGAGUAUGAAGACCAACUCUCCAAAAAGAGAGACAGUGUAACUGGUCGAGUCUCUCCCAUUUACCCUCCACCUGACCUGUUCCAGGAAUACUUUGGAUUCGGCAGUGUGGGCUCAGCGUAUUUUCUUAGGAACGAGUCGAUUGCCAUAUUGAGCCUUCCUUCGUUCAACAUCAAAGAGACAACAAAUGUAACGAUACAAUCAUACAGCGCACUUUUUAAUGGAUUCCUUACACAAGCAAAAAGCGCCGGUAUGAAAAAACUUGUUAUCGAUCUGCAAGGAAACGGUGGCGGUGUGCUCUCUCUCGGCUACGAUCUCUUCAUCAGACUGUUUCCCAACAAAGUUCCCAAUGACCAGUACUUCCGACUUCGUCAGUUCCCGGCUUCGGAUACGUGGGGGAAAGUGAUUUCCACUGUGCGCAUGAAUCCUCAGAGCUUCCCUCCAUGGAUUGUCAGUGAAGUGUCCAAAAAGGCUAAGGCCUGGCCCUUCGAUCUUACCAAUAGCGUUCAGCUCGAUGGAACAAUAUGGACGUCUUGGGAUAGCUUCUACGAGGGAGAGAGGUUUGAUGGUGAGGAAUGGACACAGCCUACAGGUUCCAACUUGUACUUGUCCAAUCCUGAUCUUCCCAACAGCCAAAACCUGGAUUUUGAUGCGGAAUUUGCUAUUCCCCUUCCCUUCACCGAGCCCCCCUUCGCGGCCGAGGACAUCAUCCUCUUGACGGACGGGGUCUGCGCGAGUACGUGCCACACAUUUUCCAUGUUCAUGAAGAAUGACGCCGGUGUCAAGUCUGUUGUUGUCGGUGGUCUUCCCGAAUACGGCCCAAUGCAAGCCGUAGCGGGCACCAGAGGUGGCAUCGUCAAUGACUGGAACUAUUACAGCGAGAUGAAGGUCAUUCUCCUGGAAAUCGUAAACAACUUAACUCCGGAGGAGUUGAUCGCCUUCACAAACGCCGUCGGCAUCACCAUGGAUGACAUUCAGGCGCUUCCUCCACUUGUCACCAACAUGCCCUGGAACAUUGGACAAUCAAGCAUUAACGGUAUGAACGUUGUCCACCGCGACAGCCCCCAAGUCACCCGCCAGUUUGUCUACGAGGCCGCUGACUGCCGCCUAUUUUGCACGGCGGACAUGUACCACGACAUCACGCACCUGUGGCGCGCCGCGGCCCAGUUUGCCGGCGGCGACAAGUCCGUCUGCGUUCGGGGUUCUACAGACGGGCCAGGCACCGAAAUCAAUAACACGCUUUUGGAUUCCCCUGGGUUCUCGUACAACAGCACUUGGGACAAUGUGAACUCGACUAGUGUUCCCAAGUCCAACAGAAGUGACUCGGCGACACAGAGGUAUGGGAUCAGCAUGAUUGCCAUUCUCGUGAGUGUGAUUCUUGCUGUGCUUUGA